GAUAUUUAACAUUUUACGCAUAUUAGUACACCGAAAACACUGUAAAUUUUAUAUUUUAAAAUGAGCUUGUACAAAUUGUUUAGUUCAAAUGUCGAAAUACAGUAUAAAAGUACCUUCCUUUCCAAAGCCAUGUUCUUUACUCUUUUUACGUCUAUCUUAAAUAUUAUACUGCCUUUUAUUAUAGCUCAGAAAAGUAGAGGUUAGAACUCCAAUUUAGCCUUGCUAAAAUCAGCUGAGUGAACCAUGUCCAGAAAAUACUUAACAGUAUACAGAAACGGGCUCUGGGUGAAAUAUCACAGUUUUUAUGAACAGCCAACUGUUCAUUUUACGUAUGAGUAUGUACUAAUAGCCGAAACUGAGGAUCCCAGUAAACCCAUACUUUGUACAGAAAUUGGAUUGUUUGGUAAUGAUAAUGAAGAAAGCUCUGAAUCAUGUGCAGAAAUGCAGGUUCAAGAAAAUGAUUUCACUGGAGAUGGCAAAAAGGAUGAGCUGUAUAUUAAAUUUCACCUAAAUAUACCACCAGACAGAACUGUGUCUUCUAUUUUAUUAAUUUUAUCUCUUGAUUUUCAGCUGAAGACAAUAUGCCCUUUACAAAUGCAGAGCUUGGCAUUGAUUACCAAAGAGUUUGUAAUACCACCAUCAGAAUUAAUUUUUCAUGGAGAUCUAAAUUUUUAUCAAACCACCCACUUACCUUGUGAAUGGUUUAAUCAAGAUACGAAAUAUAACAGAUCUUUAUUUGAAAUUGAAAAAUGGGAAAGUUACAUGUCUAUUGAUCAUUAUCUGUCUGAUUAUUUUCAUAGAGAAGUUACCACAGAAGUCAGAACGAUAAAUUCUAGAACCUACAAUGGCCAGACAGAUUCUAUGACUGUUCAAGUUCAUCUAAGAAUUCCAGAGAUGCAAAUAAGAUACACUCCUAGUAUACUAGAAGAGUUUAAGUGGGCUUGGCCUCAAUAUCUCUCUUUUGUAGUGAUAUUCCAUUGGUUCUUCAAUAAAGUUAAGGAAUUUAUAUUUACCAAUCGACUUCUCAUGUCAUGGAAAGUACAAUCUUGGAAAACAUUUGAAUGACGAACUUAUGUAAGAUCUAUAAAAUUGUACUGCGAAAUAAUUGAUUUGUGCCAAUUUCUAGUCUUCACUGUAAAAUUCACUUUAAUUAUUAAUAAGGAUAAACAUGUUUUAAUGUUUGCAAUAAAAUGAUAUUAUAA